AUGCAGGAGAAGGAGGUGCAGCUGUAUGGUGGAGCCAUUACAAGCUCUUUCCCGGCGACUAUGGUUGACGUAAGUGAUAUGCGACAGGUUCCUGACACACAGGAAGUGUACACAGAAGUAGAGACAGGCAUGUGUAUUAUCAUAGAGCUUUUAGCGAGGGAGCAUGAGGUUAGUAAUGACAAUUGCGGAAAUUAUUUUUUCAUCGACCUUGCAAAGGCCAAUGGCUGCAAUACUGAAGGCUACAACCUUAAACCACAACAUCAAUUACACCCAACCGAUUAUCCCCUUGUGUCGCAACCACCCUCAGGGUCCGUUGCAGCUAGUGGCCGGUACUGCACAUUUGGUUGUGUCAUUAGCGGCCACCAACAUAUAUCGAAAUACACAAAUGAAAAAGGAAAAGAAAAUGAUAUUCUUGUGGUUAUGUCGGUGUUACGUUUUGAACCACCCAUAUCAACGGAUGUGCUAAUCUCCAUAUCGGCACCUCAGUGGAUUCAUCCCGAGAGCAGUGAGGCUCGUGUCGUGCAGAAGUUGCGUAGUGAAGAAGAAGUGACAGCGGUAAUGCGGCGUAUUCUUCUUUCCUUCAACAUAAGAGAUUGGGGUCUUUUUGUACCGGAAGAAUGA